GGUAAUGAUUUAGGCUAUUAUGAAAGGAAGAUAGAGACAGAGUGAGGAACAGAGAUCGCGUCGUGCAGACGACAACAUCCUUAUUGCGACGGGGGCUGCAGCUGCUUAAAGAGAGAAAAAUCUCAUAAUAUUAGAAAAGGCCAGUGGCCGUUAUUGACGCAGCGCGCGGCACCAGCAGCGUCACUGGAGGAGGCAGAGAGACGCGAGCACGUCCUCAUUCAAAGCUUCUUACAAAGGAGCUGAAAGGCCUCUGUCUUUUGUCUGAGUGUGGAGUAGGAGGAUGAGGAUUCUGUUGUGUCUGCUGUCUCUCAGCUCUCUGGCUCUGAGCUACGCAUUGGGUGGGGAUGUGUGUGUGUCGGGUCACGACAGUGGGCCUGUGUUUGAGGAGCAGCCGUCUAGUCUGAUUUACCCAGAGGGGAUGCCAGAAGGCAAGGUGACCCUGAGCUGCCAGGCUCGCGCCAGCCCUGCUGCUAUUUACCGGUGGCGUGUGAAUGGCACUGAAAUAGCAUUUGUCGAGGAUUCGCACUACACGCAGGUCGCAGGAAACCUUGUGAUCAAUAACCCUCAGAAUGGGCGAGAUGGUGGGUCAUACCAGUGUCUCGCCAUCAACCGCUGUGGCACCAUCAUUAGCCGAGUGGCUAACCUCAAAUUUGGCUACCUCCAUGACUUCCCCCCUGAGAGUAGAAGCCCUCAGACGGUCCAUGAAGGUGCAGGAACCUUUCUUGCCUGUCAGCCACCAGCUCAUUACCCAGCAUUGUCCUACCGCUGGUUCAUAAACGAGUUCCCCAACUUCAUCCAACCAGAGGGGGGCAGAUGGUUUGUUUCUCAGGUGACGGGUAACUUGUAUCUUGCUAAUGCAAGGGCCAAUGACACAGGCAACUAUUUCUGCUUCACCACCAUCAACAUGGACAUCAGCACCAAGAGCAUCUUCAGCAAAGCUGUCCAGCUCACUGUUUACCCUAAUGCAAAUCCAAGGAAAGCCGCUCCAAAUGUCCGAGUGCGUUUUCCCGCUGAGACGUAUGCAUUAUCGGGACAAACUGUACAGCUGGAAUGCUUUGCCUAUGGCAAUCCCAUUCCUAAAAUCCGCUGGAGGAAGGUCGAUGGGAUUUUACCACCUAAGGUCGGAGCAAGUGCAGAGGGACCCACCCUGAUUAUUCCUGAACUGAAUUUUGAUGACGAGGGCAUGUAUGAGUGUGAGGUUUACACCUCAGACGGCCGUGAGACACAUCAGGGACGUGUCUCUGUGCAAGCCCAGCCUGAGUGGCUUCAUGUCAUGAGUGACUCUGAGGUGGAAAUCAGUUCGGAGCUGCAGUGGAGCUGUGUUGCUGCGGGCAAACCGAGACCCACCAUUCGAUGGCUCCGUAACGGACAGCCCCUCACCACACAGGACCGUGUGGAAGUGAAUAACGGGCGACUGAGGAUCAGUAACCUCGCCUUGGAGGAUUCAGGGAUGUAUCAGUGUGUGGCCGAAAACAAACACGGCACCGUUUACUCAAACGCUGAGCUCAGAGUUCAAGUCCAGGCUCCAGACUUCAGGUUAAAUCCAGUGCGUAAGCUUGUUCCUGCUGCCCGUGGUGGACAGGUGAAAAUGGAGUGUAAACCUCGGGCGGCUCCUAAACCCACUCUCUUCUGGAGCCGUGGCACAGAGCUACUGACCAAUAGUACCAGGAUAACAUUCACUCCAGAUGGAGUUCUGUGGAUCUACAAUAUCAGUCGCUCCGAUGAGGGAAAGUACACCUGCUUUGCAGAAAACUACCUUGGCAAAGCCAACAGCACGGGACACCUGUCUGUCAGAGAUGCCACAAAAAUCACAUUAGCACCCUCUAAUGCUGACAUCAAUCAGGGUGAAAAUGCCACUCUGCAGUGCCAUGCGUCACAUGACCCUACUAUGGAUCUCACCUUCACCUGGUUCCUCAAUGGAGUUCUGCUGGACCUAGAGGAACCAAAUGGACACUAUCGGCGUUGGGAGGGGAAAGAGACGAUUGGUGACCUGUUGAUAGUGAACGGACAGCUCAGUCACGCUGGCACAUACACCUGCACGGCCCAGACGGUGGUGGACAGUGCUGUGGCCUCAGCCAAGCUGGUUGUGAGGGGCCCACCAGGACCUCCUGGAGGUUUAUUGGUGACUAGUGUCAAUGACACCUCAGUUGAGGUGAGAUGGAGUCGUGGAUAUGAUAACCACAGUCCCAUUGGCAAGUAUGUCAUCCUGGGCCGAUCCUCACAGACUUACGACUGGAAGAGGAUGAGGACAGACCCUGCAAACAUAGAAGGAAAUGCUGAGUCUGCACGUGUGAUAGAUCUUCGACCCUGGAUGGAUUAUGAAUUCCAGGUUAUAGCCAGCAACAUUUUGGGUAGUGGAGAACCAAGCAUGCCCUCCCAGCCUGUCCGAACCAAACAAGCAGCACCCACUGUGGCUCCCAGUGGACUUGGUGGAGGUGGAGGAAACAGUAAUGAACUUAUCAUUACAUGGACUCCCAUGGCUAGGGAGUAUCAGAAUGGAGAUGGCUUUGGUUAUAUCCUGGCAUUCAGAAAGCAAGGCAUGCCAACAUGGAUGGUGGUGAGAGUGCCACACGUGGAGUCAUCACGAUAUGUCUACAGUAAUGAGAGUCUGUCAGCCUACUGCCCUUUUGAGGUCAGAAUCAAGGCCUACAACAAGAAAGGAGAAGGUCCCUUCAGCCAGAUUGCUGUGGUACAUUCUGCAGAAGAGGAGCCUACCAUAUCCCCAAGAAGGAUUAAUGCCACGGCUCUGACAGCUUUUGAGAUUCAGGUGUCCUGGGACCCCAUUCAACAUCUGAACAUUAAUGGAGUUCUUCGGGGUUAUGAGAUUCGUUAUUGGCGACAACAUGAACGUGAGGCAGCUGCGGACCGAGUGAGAACAGCAGGGCUGGAGAGCACGGCACGAGUCACGGGUCUGAGGCCCAACACUCUUUAUCAUGUCACUGUAUUGGCCUACAACAGUGCAGGCACUGGCCCACCCUCCCCAAGAACCACUGUCGUCACCAAGAAACCUCCCCCCAGCCGUCCUCCAGGUAAUGUCUCAUGGAAGAUUGCUGGUUCUUGGGUUACUGUGAGGUGGGAUCAUGUUAAAUCCAUGGACAAUGAGUCUGCGGUUCUGGGUUACAAAGUCCUCUACAAGCAUGAAGGGCAUUCUUCCUUGAAGAUACUGGAGAAAAGCAAGAACUCCAUCACUCUGCCGUUACCCAAGGACAAUGGUUAUGUGGUUCUGGAAAUCCGCUCGUGGGGAGAUGGAGGAGACGGAGCAGCCCAUGAGGCAAUAGUGUCUCAAGAUUCAGGCACUGGAAUGAUGGUCCAGAACAGUUCUGGCACUUCUGGGUCCGUCUGCACAUCUGUUCUGUUGUUCACGGCACUCGUUCUCAUUGGCUCGUCUGGACUGUGAUGAUAGCCAGUGAUGAGGCAUUUCUUAAUGAUAUCAAAGAAAAUUGAGAAGGUUUUCCUCAGAAGG